CCCGGCAUUAUUAUACGGAGCCAAUCUAAUUUACCGUCGGAAAACAAAACCCACGCGCGUGACCUUACGCGCCUCCGCGAAAUUGCUCACUUCAGCGCGUUAUCUCCACGCGCCGCCUGCAACGAAACCUGACCCCGACUCUUGAAAGUAUUCGUCGAAAGCUGUUUUUGCUGCUUCAAAUGAAUCAGUCAACUAUAAUAUAAAUACGAAACACCAUUUUCGUUUUUGUGAUUUCCUCAUCGUUUGCUAGUUAGGACGUCGCUUCAGGUCUCACAUGGCGAAUUGGCUCUCUAGCUUCACCACGAAUCGUCGUCAUUGUCUUCGUUACCUUGCUUCGCUCUCAUUCGGUCUCUCUCAAGCUUGCUUUCUCUCUCUAAGUCUCCUUCUCUCACAGCGUCAUUGGUUAGUGCCGUUCCAGUAAUCGACGACCGGCUCUUUCCAGAGUAUUUGAUUAUAGAUCUUCGUAUACCAGUUAAUUGUUCUCCUGGUUUGGAUUUCUCUUCUACCAUAAUCUGGUGACAUGUCUCCGCGAUUGCUUCAUGGUUGAGGGUUGUCUUCAUAUGUCUGAACGGCAUGAACCUCAACGAUGUGGUAAUCUUGUGUUCAUGUUGGGUUUUCUUCUUUUAGGUUGAGCUGUUGUACAAAAAGUUGAACCACAUUCAUUCCAAGAUCCAUAAACUGGAUCAUUAUCGAGCUGCCUGACCAACAUUCUGAUGGUAUUGGAAAUGGAGAGUGAUCAAAUCGAGGACAUGGAUGUGGAAGUCCUGUCUUCGAUGUGGCCUGAGGAAAGCAAUAGUGAUAUUGGGAAGCAAUUCAAUGUAGAGAAGCCUGAAGGAGAUCAAGAUAUGUUGGAGGAGGUUCUGAUUAAAAGGGGGCCAUUAAUGGUAGACUUCAAGCGCCUCUCCGAGCUAACAGAUUUCACUGACCAGGGCUCUUCUCAAAUGCAAUACCUAAUGAAGCAAUGGGAAUACAAGCAGGCAAAUGCUGUUCGUCUUCUCAGGGAAGAACUCGAUAAUCUGAGUAGGCAGAAAGAGGAAGCUGAAAUCAAGGAGUGGAAGAUACUGGAAGAGCAUCGUUUUGAGGGCUCUAGUUACGGUAAUGAACGCCCGAUUUCCGUAUGGGAUGAUGGCUAUGACAUUUGGCAAGAUGCUCCUGCAAGAAAACAUGAGGUUGUUCUUAGCCAGGAGGUUGAGAUAGAAGCUGAGUAUGACACUGUUGCGUACUGGAAACAACGGGCUCUACACCUAGAGAAAUUGUUGGAGGCUAGCAUAAAGAGAGAACAAGCAUUGAUGGAGAGACUGAAAGAAAAUAUUGAGAGUAUCGAGAAGCAGACCUCACCGGUAGAAGAGUUAUCACAGAUCCUGAAACGAGCCGAUAGUUUCCUGCACUUUGUCCUUCAAAACGCACCAGUGGUUGUUGGUCACCAGGACAAGGAUUUAAAAUAUCGGUUUAUCUACAAUAAGUUUCCGAGCUUGCAAGAGGAGGACAUUCUAGGGAAAUCGGAUAUUGAAAUUUUUACUGGAGCUGGUGUCAAAGAAUCUCAAGAAUUUAAACGAGAAGUCCUGGAAAAAGGGUUGCCAGCAAAAAGAGAAAUUACAUUUGAUACCGAAUUAUUUGGCCUAAAGACGUUCCUGAUAUAUGUGGAACCUGUUUUUAACAAAGUAGGGGAGACGAUUGGAAUAAACUAUAUGGGCAUGGAAAUAACUGAUCAGGUGAGGAAAAGAGAAAAGAUGAUAAAGCUCCGUGAAGAGAUAGCAGUCAGGAAAGCAAUGGAGUCAGAACUGAACAAGACUAUCCAUAUAACAGAGGAGACUAUGCGGGCAAAGCAGAUGUUAGCAACCAUGUCUCACGAGAUUAGGUCUCCUUUAUCCGGGGUGGUUGGCAUGGCCGAGAUUCUUGCUAACACCAAACUUGAUCUGGAACAACGGCAACUGUUGAAAGUGAUGAUAUCUUCAGGAGAUUUGGUUCUUCAACUCAUAAAUGACAUCCUCGAUCUUUCAAAGGUUGAAUCAGGUGUUAUGAAGUUGGAAGCUACAAGAUUCAGGCCACGAGAGGUUGUGAAACAUGUGCUUCAGACAGCUGCAGCAUCUCUACAGAAAGAAAUAAUUCUUGAAGGAAAUGUAGCAGAUGAUGUUCCUAUUGAGGUUAUUGGAGAUGUUCUAAGAAUUCGUCAAAUUCUCACAAACUUGAUCAGCAAUGCUGUCAAGUUCACUCAUGAAGGCAAGGUUGGGAUUAAGUUGUAUGUGAUACCAGAGCCAUCAUCUGUGAACGAAAGAACUCAGUCCAGGUCGCUUAUGGAACUAUCUGAGUCAAAUUCAGGAGAAGAAGGAAACCACAUGACCUUGUUCCACAGUCCAAAACGUGGAAGUGACACAUACACAAGUCAUUUUCUCAGGACUGAACCUCAAUCUCCAAGUAGGCAAGGAGAUUUUGUUGAUGGGGAUACCGAAGAAGAGCGAUACAAUAUGCCUGAAACAGUAAUAGUGUGGAUUCUCUGUGAUGUGUAUGACACUGGAAUCGGUAUUCCAGAAAACGCAUUGCCGAAUCUCUUUAAGAGGUACAUGCAAGUUAGCGCAGAUCACACACGGAAAUAUGGCGGGACAGGUUUAGGCCUUGCAAUCUGCAAACAGCUGGUCGAGCUGAUGGGUGGCCAUAUUACGGUAACUAGCCGAGUAAACUGUGGUUCUACUUUUACAUUCGUGUUACCAUACAAGGUUUCACCCAUAUCCGAUCAGUCUGAUGAGCUCUCGGAUAUGACCGACCACGAAACCUCAACGGAUGAUGACAUAACCGAGGGAUUUUUUCAAUUCCAACCAUGCUCUUACGGUUCUUGGAUCUCUUCCAAUGGAUCCAUCAGGAGCCAGGAGUUAUUACAACAAACAGCAUACAGCUGCCCUUGUAAGCUUGAUGAAGUCAUGAAAGACUCAGGUGUGGUGAAUAAUGUCGGGCCAAGAGAAACAGCUCCAGUGGAAGAUGCUUGUUCUGUUUCUGAAGUAUCCGAAACUUUUUCCGACCCCGAAACUUCUAGCAGUCACAGUACAGGAAUUCGGAGCAUGAGGAUGAACGGUGUGACAAAAGAAGAUAAAGGAGAAUCUAAUAUGAGCACCGAUGGUUGCAUUCAUUUCCAGCAAAACGUAUCUGAUGCUGACUCGAACACCUCGAGGUUGAGACCGAAGAUUCUCCUUGUAGAAGACAACAAAAUUAAUGUGAUGGUGGCACAAUCAAUGAUGAAACAGUUGGGACAUUCCAUAGAUGUCGUAAAUAACGGGGUUGAAGCCAUAGUUGCAGUUCAGCACUGUAACUAUGAUCUCAUUCUCAUGGAUGUGUGCAUGCCAGUCAUGGAUGGACUACAAGCUACAAGAUUGAUUCGUUCUUUUGAGGAAACUGGGAAAUGGGAUGCUACGAUUCAGGCAGGAGUCGAAAUAAUUAAACCCAGUGCAGACUCAGUACAAGAUGAUUCAUGCUCUCCACACACCGGCAAGCGUGUGCGAAUAAUUGCGAUGACUGCAAAUGCGCCGUCAGAGAGUGCGGAGGAAUGUUUUGCAAACGGUAUGGACUCGUUUAUCUCAAAGCCCGUUACCUUUCAGAAACUAAAAGAGUGCCUUGAACAGUACUUGCCCAGAGGUUUUGCAAUCACACGUUCUGUAUAUAGUUAUUGUUGAUAAGCAUGUUAGGGAAGUUUUAUAGCACCCUCUAGAGUUGUAUUAUAUAUAGGUAGGCAAUGUUUGUAUGUAAUAUAAUGUGACGGGUUUGUUUGCGAUACCGUGUUAAAUCUUAUUU